CGUAGGUGAGGCCAAGGGCUCGCUGUGGAGCGGCUUCGGUUUCCAGGCAGCGGUGGCGGACAGCGAGCCGGCCGCGGUCCUGCUGUCGGGCGGUUGGGCCCGCCGCGUGAGUCGCUGCCCCGCCGGUGUCUAGGGAGGCGUCGUCGUCGGGCGGCAGCCCCACUCGCGGGGUCCUGCGCGCGCGUGCACCUGGGACUCCCCGGGCGGCUGAGGGCUUCCACGCCGGCCCUCGAGAUGCUCUACCUGAUCGGCCUGGGUCUGGGCGACGCCAAGGACAUCACGGUCAGGGGCCUAGAGGUCGUGCGGCGCUGCAGCCGCGUGUACCUGGAGGCCUACACCUCCGUCCUGGCUGUGGGGAAGGAGGCCCUGGAAGAGUUUUAUGGCAGAAAAUUGAUUCUUGCUGAUCGAGAAGAAGUGGAACAGGAGGCAGAUGAUAUUUUGAAGGACGCCGAUGUCAGUGAAGUUGCGUUCCUUGUGGUCGGUGACCCAUUUGGGGCAACAACACACAGUGAUCUUAUUUUGAGAGCGGCAAAGCUGGGAAUUCCCUACCGAGUUAUUCACAACGCCUCCAUAAUGAAUGCUGUAGGCUGCUGUGGUUUGCAGCUGUAUAACUUUGGAGAGACGGUUUCUAUUGUUUUUUGGACAGACUCUUGGAGACCAGAGAGUUUCUUUGACAAGAUGGAAAAGAACAGACAGAAUGGCAUGCAUACGUUAUGUUUACUAGACAUCAAAGUAAAGGAGCAGUCUCUGGAAAAUCUAAUCAAGGGAAGGAAGAUCUAUGAGCCGCCUCGAUACAUGAGCGUAAACCAAGCAGCCCAGCAGCUUCUGGAAAUUGUCCAGAAUCGACGAGGAAGAGGGGAAGAACCAGCAAUCACCGAGGAGACGAUCUGUGUUGGUUUAGCCAGGGUGGGAGCUGAGGACCAGAAGAUUGCGGCCGGCACCUUGCGGCAGAUGUGCACUGUGGACCUCGGGGGCCCACUGCAGUCCUUGGUUGUCACGGGGGGCCACCUGCACCCCUUGGAGAUGGAGAUGCUCAGUCUGUUCCCCAUACCAGAAAAGGACUGAGGGACACGGAUGCGGCAGCUGCCGUUGCCGCACAUGGAUCAGGCAGGCGUGGAUAAGCACAUCUUUGGGCUUGUCUAAAAGUAAUAAUAACAAGUGACCAAAAGAAAGGAGUUGCCUCAGCACUGUUUGGCAUCCCAUGGCGAUGAGUCCACCUGUGAUGCUGUUGGUCAUGUCGUUUUGGCAGCUUUGCAGGAUGUAGUGGACCGAGCUGGAAAGGUGUGGGUGGACGGCCACACAGUGGGUUAGUACAGGUGGCUGGCACGGCAAAA